UGAAGCAAUAGCGGUGCUGCGGAAUUAUCGCCAUCUGUAUUGCAUUCGCCAUUUUAUACAGUCCUUGUGUCGCUGAUAACAAGACCGCAACACAGGCAACUGAUAACAGCAUUGGACGAAUCUCUUUGUUCUUUCCGCAUUUUAUGUGAGGCGGUUAAGAAUCUUAAAAAUCUUCCCUAUAAUGGCAACCUACUGGCGCUAUGGAGUUAUUCUGGAUGCGGGGUCGUCCGGAACAAGGGUCCACGUAUAUAGAUGGAAAGAUCGGUCAAAGGAAAUCACGAAGCUGCCUGAGGCGGAAGUAAAUACGUUACCUGCCUUGGAAACUUCUAAGAAGUGGACGAAGAAACUGCGCCCUGGUGUUUCAUCGUUUGCGGCAAUUCCAGAUUCGAUUGGAACAAACCAUCUAGAACCGCUCAUAAAACAUGCGCUGAAAUAUAUUCCCAAGCAAUCCGUAGAAUCGACACCAAUUUACGUCUUAGCGACGGCUGGAAUGCGCUUGCUGCCAGAUACCCAACGUCGCAAACUCCUUGACAACAUUUGCUCCUACAUCCGCACGACAACUUCUUUCUUCCUCCAAGAUUGCGCCCAUCAUGUUCAGGUCAUCUCUGGAGAGACGGAGGGUCUCUAUGGUUGGAUUGCCGCUAAUUAUCUACUUGGAGCUUUCGACUUUCCCGAGCAUCAUACACAUGGAAAGGGGCACCACACUUAUGGGUUCUUGGACAUGGGCGGAGCAUCGGCGCAGAUUGCCUUCGCACCAAAUGCCACGGAAGCUAAAGCUCAUGCAAAUGAUCUCAAGCUCCUCAGGUUGAGGAAGCUCAAUAGGCAAAACUCCGAGUAUCGAGUCUUCGUCACAACGUGGCUGGGCUUUGGUGUGAAUGAGGCCAGGCGCCGGUACGAGGAUGCUCUGAUUGAAAGCACAGGUAGAAACGAUCUGAAAGAGUUACCAGAUCCGUGCCUUCCUCUUGGCUUGGACCUUCCUCCAAAUACCAAGGAAGAUCAUCCUGGCGAGAAGGAACAUAUCAGGCUUGUGGGAACUGGUCGGUUCGAUGAAUGUUUACGGCAAACAUAUCCACUACUGGACAAGGACGCCCCAUGCGAGGAUCAUCCGUGCCUCCUCCAUGGGACCCACGUUCCUGCAAUAGAUUUUGACGUCAACCAUUUUGUUGGAAUAUCAGAAUACUGGCACACAACGCAUGAAAUCUUCGAGAUGGGUGUUAAAGAGAAGAGUUAUGACUUUCACACAUAUCAGCAGAGGGUUAGAGAAUUCUGCUCUCAAGACUGGAAGACAAUUUCUCAAGGUAUCAAGGGGAAAAAAUGGGGAGGCAAAGUUGAUGAAGGGGCUGCUGCGGAGGUUUGUUUUAGAGCUUCGUGGCUAAUCAAUAUGCUACACGAUGGCAUCGGCAUUCCUCGAGUUGGAAUUGAAAACACGAAACUCGACGGGCAUAAUGGAACGGAGGAAAUCAUACAACAUGCCAAAGAUAUGGGUUUCCUUGACCCCUUUCAGGCAGUCAAUAAGAUCCAUGAAACGGAAGUCAGUUGGACAAUGGGGAAAAUGCUUUUGUAUGCCUCUAGUCAGAUUUCCCCGCUUGAUGCAUCAUAUCUUCCAGUAGGCUUUGGGAGCAAUGUUCCAGAAGUCCCUGCGGACUUCCAGUAUGGGGGGGCCGUUCCAGGCCUAGGAACUCCUCCAGAUCCAAUUGGGUCGACUGAUGACGAUUGGAGCCGCGUUCUUUUUGAGUCCGACUCUCAUCGACGCAUUCCCGGAUUUGUCCUUUUCGCCCUUAUUGUAUGUAUUGCUCUUUUUUUGUCAUGCGGCAAAGAUCGAAGAACGAGGACAGUUAAGGCUAUUCGGAGUGGUAUUUCUUGGUUCUGGGAAUGCUCAAGAAACCCAUCAUAUCUCAGAGCGAAACUUUUCAACCGCAAUGAUCGAGUCACGUAUGAACGUGUCCUAGAAAGCGGCGACGCGAACGAAGAUUUCGAGCUCACUAGCGUACCGGGGCUCAACACGCCAUCUGAGCCAAAUGAGGAACACCAGGUUGGCAAGGCAUCCGGCUGGGCAAGCCCUCGCCCAGGGAUUGACCAAGGUUCUGGGCUUUCGCUUCUUGGGGAUCACGGGACGAAAGGUCUCGGUCAAAGUUCAAGCUGGCCCGAGACUCCAAGCAGCGCAGGUAUCGAGAAAAGUCUGAUAGUGAGGACCGAGAGUCGAGAGAGGAUACCGUCUCGAAAUUCCGUUCGAUUGAAAAACGUCCCCUCGGCACUGUCCCUCGAAUCACGAGAAUAACUGGGUUGGGGGUUUGAUUCGGUCUCGUAAUGAAUUCCCAAUCAUCCUCUUGAGCUCACUGCUAGGAAGAAGGAACAGAGCAAUUUUCUUCUGGUAAUGUAUUAUAUCUAUUGCAUAAAGGCGAGGAAUCGUUGUCGCAAUCUGUCGCAUCUUUACUAUUUGGAGCCGU